AUCUUCCUCUCUUACCAGCCUGAUUCUCUAGCACUGGCGACUACGGCUGCCUGCGAGAACUGAAAGAUCCAUGGCGACCCUCAACUUCCUGCACUUCAACGAUGUCUACCGGGUCCAGCCAUUCAAGCUGCAGCCCAAGUCCCCGGAGACUAUAGACGUCACGCAGUGGACAUCGAUGCUGGAUGAGAUUCGCGACCAAUGGCCGUUGAGGCCUGACGGGAAGAGAGAUGGCCUGGUGCUCUUCUCCGGGGACGUCUUUAGCCCCUCUGUUGAGAGCUCAGUUACAAGAGGAAGCCAUAUGGUCCCGGUCAUGAACGCCAUCGGACCAGACAUCUCGCUUACAGGAAAUCAUGACUUCGACUUCGGCUACCCGCAUCUCUCCAAGCUCAUACAAGACACGAACUAUCCAUGGAUUCUCAGCAACAUCAUCGACAGCGAGACGUCCCGCGUUCCAGAACACCUACUUGAGUUCUACGUCUUCGAGCGCUCGGACGUUCGCAUUGGCGUUAUUGGCUUGGUCGAAAAAGAAUGGAUAGCAACAGUCUCGACAUGGCCGUCAAAUUUCAAGUACAAGGAUAUGGCGGAGGUCGCCAUAGACUUGUCGAGACGUUUGCGAGACCCUGAAGGUGAACACAAAUGCGAUUUUAUCAUCGCACUCACCCAUGCUAGGGUACCAAACGACAUCAAACUCGCCAAGAGCAUUAACGCAUUGUCUCCCUCCGCCCAAGAGAGCCAGUCCAUAGAGAACAUCCAUGGCGCAGACAUAAUAUUCGGCGGUCACGAUCAUCUGUACUACGUCUCGCGGGGCGUCACCUCCUGGGAAGGCUAUGACCUGGAUCAAGAAGUAUUAGGCGGAGAGGAAGACCACGGAGAUGUCCUUGUCGUCAAGAGCGGCACGGACUUCAGAGAUCUUAGUGAGAUUGCUUUGGAACUCGCAGACACGCCCGAAGGUAGCAUUAGGAGGAAGGUGAUCAAAACCAUCAGAGGAAAGCACCACGAAACCAAGCCUGGGUCAAAAAAGAGCGAACGAGUCGCGAAGCUGCUGGAGGACCUCUUGUCUUCCGUUUCUUCUGCGCUCAAGGCACCGGUAUGUAAAACAGACGUCGAGCUCGAUGUUCGCUCCUCUAUCAUCCGUGUACAAGAGACGGUAGCAGCAAAUUGGUUCGCAGACGUUCUACGACACGCAUACGACGAUGCCCUCUGUCUGCAGACCGGCGGCGGCUCGGACGGCGUCUUCAUCUGUGCGGGUACCCUCCGUGGCGAUUCGAUUUACGGCCCUGGUGUUGUCACCCUUGGCGAUAUUCUGGAGAUCUUGCCCUUCGAGGACCCUAUCGUAGUACUUGAGCUUGACGGCGAAGCCAUCUGGGCCGCGCUUGAAGCCUCCUUGGAGACGUGGCCGGCACAAGAAGGACGGUUCCCCGUCAUUUCGGGGUUCCGCGUUUCGUGGGACUCCCGUCGCCCCGCAGGCCAGCGCGUCCUCGGCGUAUGGCUACUGCAAGAACCCUCAGGCGGCAGUACGAACACGACCCCUUCGCACAGCGGUACCGCAUCUCCCAUAAUGUCGCAAAGUAACUCUGCAGCGUCAUCGAAGACCAGCCUCCUGCAGUCCGCAACGAGCGCCAUGGCUCAGUCCUCCGCGACGCUCGUCGACGGGGACCCCAUACCGCGCGUCAAGGGCGGGCGGAAGUACAGCAUCGUCACGCGAGAGUACAUGGCACAGGGCCAUGACGGCUUCCUGCCGCUCAAGGGAGCCAAAUACCUCGUUGACGACGAGAGCGGACAGCUGAUGAGCGCUAUCGUGCGCAAGUACCUUCUCGGGUGUCGGUUCGUCAACCGGCUAUCGCGCAUGGCAAGUAUGCACCACGUCAACCUCCUCGACCCUGAGACUACCAAUCUCGUCUCGCGUGAAAAGGCACGCCAGGCGCACACCAGCGCCACGCACCGCUCACGCUCGAAAUCCCGCGACCGCUUGUCAGCCAUCCGAUCGCUGAGCCCGGUCAAGAAGGACAAGGGCAACACCACGCCGCGUGCGGCGAGUCCUGUGCAGCGCGCAAAGAGCCCCGCGGGGCGUAUCGGGGACAUGUGGCGGCGCGUCGCGGGGAUCGCGCUGCGCUGGUCGCGCGGACACUAUCGCGACCACCUGCGGGUGACGGGGCGCGAGCAUAUGAGCGACGUCGACUGCUUUGACGGUGACCGGAUGCGCAAGGGGGAAUUUGGGGGCGACCAGACGAAGCAGCAGGAGAAGGGACAAGGGGCCGAGGAGCUGAGCGGGGCGGAGGAGGAUUUGGUCACCAUUCACCCAGUUGUGGAUGGAAGAUUGAAAGACGAAGGUAGGAAAUGAAUAUACGUAUGACGCAUGAACGGAAGAAGUUGGAGUAGUUUGUAUGUCGGAAUGUGAUAUCGCGCUAAUUUUGUCUGAAUGGCGAGGUGGGCAUGAUACAUAUACAGCUGUUUGGUAUUACACAGAGACGGCGGGGCGUAAGUGAGGCAGGUAGGGAGUGUAAGGCCUUCGCGAGAAAGUCAAUGCGAAUCGCGCGUCGCUUCCCCGUUAAUGAGGGGUUACUGGUGGGAUUUCCGGUACAGGGACGGUUGGUGCAGGAUCACCGGUAACUGCGCGGGCGUAGUGCGAGACAAGUCCUACAGCAGACCCGAUACCCGCUCCACCAAGAAUCAAAUUUAGACUCGACGCUCGUUUCCAGAAGAGGGCAGGUGUGAUGACUGCGAAGAGAAUACCUCCGAUGGUUGAAUGGUCAUCUGCUCGAAUGGAUGAGGUGUUGUAUGCCGCGUGCAACCUGCGGAUUCUGACCUUCUCUCCGUUAGAAUACGCUGAGCGAACGUACUCGAAAGCUCCUCCACCAAGGACGCCAGCUGAGCCUCCUAUCCAGGUAGCGCGUAAUAGGCGAUUCACAGAUAUGUGCGAGCGACCAUAACGAGUGAGCGCGAAGACGGUGUACGCGGGAGGAGUGAGCAGAGAUAGCAGCUGGUAGCCCUUGGUCAUGCCCCUCCGCACGAAGAACUCGACAUCCGCAUCAUGCGCUUGAGGCGUCGCGGCAACGGCGAAGUUGUCCGACAUAUCCGUGGUUUGCAAGGUGGUGGUCGAGAGCGU